AAAUGUCUUUGCAAAAGUUGUUUUCCUUCGAAGCCCCGGGGCAGCGGGGCUGUUUCCUCGCCCUCUGACUAACUGCGUGACGGGGAGGGCGGCUCCCCCCCCCUUUUUUUUCUUUCUUUUUUUGCUUUCGUGCAUUUUCUUUUUCCCCCCUGCUUUGCAUGGCAGAUUUCCUGCGUUUGCCACAGAGCGGUGCAGCCAUGGACAGGCUCCCCGGCAAGGGCUGAGCCCGAGAGGGGACCGUUAGACCCGCCACGAAACCUCAGGGGGUCCGUCUCAUCCCCAUCGGGCAUCCUCGGGCUGGUUUUGCAGCGGCUCCUGCGGCGAUCGCCAGGCACAGGCGAGCAGCCGCAACUGGAAGCAUGGCCAGCGACUACGCGGCUCGGAGUUUGGAGAGCAUCGAUCUGGGGACUCUCCGGGAUCCAGCAGGGAUAUUUGAAUUGGUUCAAGUUGUUGGAAAUGGGACGUAUGGACAAGUUUAUAAGGGUCGCCAUGUGAAGACCGGGCAACUAGCGGCAAUCAAGGUUAUGAAUGUUACUGAGGAUGAAGAAGAAGAAAUCAAACUGGAAAUAAAUAUGUUGAAGAAAUAUUCUCAUCACAGGAAUAUUGCAACAUAUUAUGGAGCGUUUGUCAAGAAAAGUCCUGCAGGUCAGGACGACCAGCUGUGGCUGGUUAUGGAGUAUUGCGGAGCUGGGUCCGUAACUGAUUUGGUCAAGAAGACAAAAGGGAAUUGUCUGAAGGAAGACUGGAUUGCAUACAUAUGCAGAGAAGUUCUCAGGGGCUUAGCACACUUACAUAUUCAUCAUGUUAUCCACCGGGAUAUUAAAGGACAGAACGUGCUUCUAACAGAAAAUGCUGAAGUGAAACUCGUGGAUUUUGGUGUGAGUGCUCAACUGGAUAGGACCAUCGGAAGGAGGAACACUUUCAUUGGGACCCCCUACUGGAUGGCUCCUGAAGUCAUUGCUUGUGAUGAAAAUCCAGAAUCAACGUAUGAUUACAGAAGUGACUUGUGGUCUCUGGGAAUAACAGCUUUAGAGAUGGCUGAAGGAGCGCCCCCUUUGUGUGACAUGCAUCCCAUGAGGGCUCUUUUUCUCAUUCCACGGAACCCGCCUCCCAAGCUGAAAUCCAGGAAAUGGUCAAAGAAAUUUCUUAACUUUGUUGACAGUUGUCUGGUUAAGAAUUACAUGCAUCGCCCAGCCACAGAAACCUUGCUCAAACAUUCAUUUAUCAGAGACAUGCAGAAUGAGCGGCAAGUGCGCAUCUUGCUAAAGGACCACCUGGAUAGGACAAGGAAAAAAAGGGGGGAGAAAGAUGAAACUGAAUAUGAAUACAGUGGGAGUGAGGAAGAAGGUGAUGAGCUGAAUGAAGAGGAAGGAGAACCAAGCUCCAUAGUUAAUCUCCCUGGGGAAUCCACCCUCCGCCGUGAAUUCCUGCGGCUUCAACAGGAGAACAAAAUCCGCUCCAAUCCUCAGCGGCAGCAGCAGAUUCAGCAGCAGCAACUGAAAGAUCAGGAAAAGUACAAAAAACAGCUCCUGGAAGAGAGGCAGAAACGAAUCAUGGAGCAAAAACUGCAGAGGAAAAAGUUGGAGGAUCACCAGAAGACGGAAGAGCUCCGGAAGCAUCAGGGCCUUGAAAGACAAUGUCCGGAGAUCAAGCUUGUUCCAAGCAAAACUGAGAAGGAUAAAGACUGCAGGAGAAGUACUGAGGAUGAUCAACGCAAAGUGGAGGGAGCAAAGAAAUGGGAAAGUCAGCAGAAAGCAAUUGAAGAGCCACAUCAUGGCAAGAAGCUUCACCGGACUCUUCCCAAAGAUCAAACACAAUUGCUUUCUCUACAGCACGACCACAAACAGAAGAAUAAAGAUCUGCCCAAGAUAUUGAGCCCACCUGCCCAUCUUCCAUCAAACAGUGCAAGCAAAGAGGCCGAGAGCAAAAAGAAUGAAAGCAUCCAAAUAGAUCUCAACUGGGCAGCCAUUCUGGGACAUGAAGCCACCUCUCACGGUAGACUAGGAUCUGGCAGUAGCUCCAGUCCUUGCACGCCAGCUUUGCAAAGAGCAGGAAUAGCUCAGAAUGAAAACCUACGGGCCAGUCGAGAGAUGUGCAGUUCACUGUCAGAUGUGGCCACCACACCUCUCAGCUCUAGUCAAGAUGAUGUGUUCUGGAAUGUUUGUCAGCUUGAAGAGCAGCCUCCAAAGGUUCCAGAAAGAACAAUCUCAAAAUUUUAUGGCAGAGGUCACUUUGGCCAUCAGAGUUAUCCUUCAAGCAUGCAGCAGUCAUCCCUGGGGGGACAUGCAGUGAAAAUAAACAGCAAUUGCAGCAGCACCAGUAGCAACAGGCAAGGAGAAGCAACUCCUCAUCAGAACAAGCAAUCGGCUUCAGGUCCAUCUCUCCACCACCAGCCCUAUACGAAGCCUGAGCUCGCAUCUCGCCUCUGCCGUAUUUCAAGCCCGCCCUUCUUGGCCAGGGGAAAAGAUGGCACCAACUUGCUCCUGAAAUCAGCAGAAUAUUCAUCCUCCAGUGAUGAAGUGUGCAGUAGUGAUGAAGAGGAUGACAGCCAUGUCUGUAGUCAAGUGAGGCAACCACUCAGCAACGGAGUGACCAGCUUCUCAAGGGCAAGAGUUCCAGAUGGGAUCGAACUGAAGCCCCAGAGCGCUGCAACUGAACAGAAGGACCAUGUUGCAGGAAAACUUAGCGGCAGUAGUACUCACGAAGGGUUCUGGAGCAUGAGCAACCAAAAUUAUCUUCUCCCGGAUCUCUUGCAGCAAAGCCAAAUUUCAGACUGUUCAGUCAACCAGCUAAAGUUUGCUCAGAACAGUCAAUGUCUUCAGAACAAACCUGCUCCUAAGAAGGUACCAAACAUUGAAAACACCUCCUCGAAAAAUAGCUCCUCAUCUGUUUCAUCAUUUACGUCAUUCAUAGACCCAAGGCUUCUCCAAAUCUCACCUCCCUCUAGUCCAACAGGAUCAAACUGUAGUUCUCAGUCCAGUGCCACACCAGAACCCACCAGUAGGCAAAACUCAAGGAAAGGUUCUGUCGUCAAUGUGAAUCCCACCAAUAUCCGACCACAGAGCGACAGCCCAGAAAUCCGCAAAUACAAAAAGAAGUUCAAUUCGGAGAUCUUAUGUUCUGCGUUGUGGGGUGUAAAUCUACUUGUGGGGACCGAGAAUGGGCUGUGGCUUCUGGACCGCAGCGGACAAGGAAGAGUUUACUCUCUGAUAACCAGGAGGCGGUUUCAGCAGAUGGAUGUGCUUGAAGGACUCAACGUGCUAAUUACCAUCUCAGGCAAAAAAAAUAAGCUAAGAGUGUAUUAUUUAUCCUGGUUGCGGAACAAGAUUUUGCGGAAUGAUCCUGAAGUGGAGAAGCGGCAAGGCUGGGUGCCAGUGGGUGAUCUGGAAGGCUGUGUGCACUACAAAGUUGUGAAAUAUGAGAGGAUCAAAUUUCUUGUGAUUGCUGUGAAAAACUCAGUUGAGGUCUAUGCCUGGGCUCCCAAACCAUAUCAUAAAUUUAUGGCCUUUAAGUCCUUCACGUCACUUCAUCAAAAGCCCUUGUUGGUUGACUUGACAGUAGAGAAUGGGCAGAGGUUAAAAGUCAUCUAUGGCUCGUCGAUUGGAUUUCAUGCUAUUGAUGUGGACUCUGGCUCAGUGUAUGACCUGUACCUGCCGACACACAUCCAUGGGAAUCUACACCCACAUGCUAUUAUCAUACUCCCUAACACUUGUGGAAUGGAACUCCUGCUCACCUAUGAAGAUGAAGGUGUCUACGUAGACAUCUAUGGACAUUUCUCAAAGGAAAAUGUUUUACAAUGGGGAGAAAUGCCUGCAUCUGUAGCAUAUCUUCAGUCCAACCAAGUAAUGGGCUGGGGAGAGAAAGCUAUUGAACUGCGUUCUGUGGAGACGGGAAACCUGGAAGGAGUGUUUAUGCACAAGAAAGCACAGAAGUUGAAAUUUCUGUGUGAAAGGAAUGAUAAGGUGUUCUUUGCAUCUGUACAAUCUGGAGGCAGCAGUCAAAUUUAUUUCAUGACACUUGGUCAGAACGUACUAUUCAGCUGGUAAAGUUCUCACGGGAUGCAAGCUAGGUCACAGAAGUUUGCACGUUCUCCUUCAGGAAAAAAAGUGUUCGUUUCACCAUCCUUCAGUUGUGCAGCUAUGUCACUCCAUGUUCAAGAUUUGCUAUUUAAUAGUUUUAUAAUUAUUUUAAAAGAUCAAGCAGGCAGUCAAGCGGAGCUGACUGGGUGACAGGUGUCGUAACUGCCAUAUACCACAAAGUAUGCACAGAUAUUUUUGCACAAAUAUUGUAACUUUAUUGUGUUCGAUUCUUGUGGUUUUUAUUCAGGGCAGAAAGACGUACCUGUAGGUUAAGUGUGUUCAUCUCUUGCUGUGAACUGGAACACACGAUGUAUAAUUGGUCUUCUGUCUUUUUUUUCUGUUCGUGAGAAUCUUAUUUCAUCUGAUGGUUUCGCCUUCACCCCAAAACUAACAAGCAACAUCACUGCAAAGAGUCACUAUGGCAGAGUGAUUACCAAACUCACCUACCUGAAAAAAGGGUGGGAUAAAACAUGAUAGGCUGCAAGGGCUUCCCAGUGGACUGGAGACAUUGUGAAAGAUCUUCCAAGUGCACUGUGCUGUGUACUCUUGGUUAUUUGUGGCUCCAAGUAUACUCAGGGAGGCCAGGUUUUUAAACCUUAGAUAUGGAAGGACAGUAUUUUGCCAUGUUUGCUGUCACGGCAGAAUGUAUUUCUAAGGAGUGGUUUCAAAGAGAUCCUGCAAAUCUUGCCCACCCAAGUGGCUCUUAAGACAAAUGGGGUGACUUAUAAAAAUGUGAAAUCAAGUUCUUCCAUUGUGCAACUCCUGUUAACUGCUGAUACGAUAGAAAAAUAUAUGUACUGUACAACUUUGUAAAUACGAUGUCCCAAACCUAUAUCCAAAUAUAUUCCUAAUAUAGCUAUAGAAAUAUCCCAAAGAAACCAUAGGAAUAAUUUGAUGCCAGACUUCUCAGUGCAAUGAGUUUGGAGCCUCUGGCUCAUUCCGCACAUGCAGAAUAAUGCACUUUCAAACUGCUUUCAGUGCUCUUUGAAGCUAUGCGGAAUAGCAAAAUCCACUUGCAAACAGUUGUGAAAGUGGUUUGAAAAUGCAUUAUUUUGCGUGUGUGGAAGGGGCCUCUUUGUUUCAGUUUCAGCUUAUACAGGAGAAGCUGUCAGCUUAAAAUUUCAGGCAUUUUGUAUGACUUGCAUCUAAGCAAUAGGCAUACCCUGUAAUGACAAACUGGUGUUGCUUUUCCAUCAUGAAACUAUAUUCUCAGGGGUUUAUAUUUUGAGUUAUGCCAGGGUUAUGUGUUCAGGUUUACAUGUACAAUCAUUACUCAGCUGAAGUUUGUAUAACGCUUUGGAAAAUAUAAGGCAAUAUAAAAAUACUACCUAAUAGUUUAUAUAAUAACUGAAAACUUGAUACAAAAGAUGUUUAUCCAAGAGAAAUAGUCUCUCAGCUGUAUUUGCAGGUCACGGGGUGGGAUGGGUAGAAUGAUGUUGAAAGUAUUUUAAAAUAUAGUAUUGACUUUAACAUCCAAUGUACCAGACUACACAUUGCAAGAGAAUAUACCUGGACAUUUGAUGAGGCUGACACUGCAGUUUCUAAUUACUUGGAGUGGGUACAGCUGUGGCUAUUAAUUUUGGGGGGGAAAGACACUGAAUUGAAGUCAGAGUCUUGAAAACACAAAUUCCUUCAAUUUUUGGAGGGAAACAUGUUGUUCAGGGGGAACUCUGUAUCUCUAACUAUAUGGAGGGAUCAAGACCUCCAGCACAGUUUUAAACAAGAUUUAGACUGAAGUAAUUCUUCGUGAGAUUUUAUUUUAAGAGCAAGAAUUUCCACGCAGACUGCCGCUCAGUUUGUCAGAAGCUAAACAGUGAUAACUUAAGGACAGAUUGUUUGGAUUGCUUUUAUGGGGUAAUCAUCCUAUUUCUUCCAUCAGUUUUAUAAUGAGAGAAGAAUCAAUAGUUGAUACUUUGGUUCACACAAUUAAAUUUCCUAUCAGUUUUUGUUCUGUCACUUCAUAUCACAGCCAGCCAACCCAAUGGAUUGGUUUGAGAACAGUCAUUAUGAGCUCUUUGUGGAACUGCUAGGAAAGGAAAAAAUGUUCACCUAUAGUUUUGUUGGUAUUCCCAUUCUUUGUAUCAGAUUUAUAACCAUCCUCUUUCAUCUGGCCUCUGUAGACUGCUUCUGGACACUGCUGACAGGAUAUAAUAGAGAAAAUAUUUAGGGUUGUAUGUGUAAGAAUUUUGAAUCCUCUAUUCUGCUUUUUAAAGCCCUUUAAUGUUGUUUGAAGUGUUAAUUAAAGGGUAUAAUUGGCGUUUUGGUUUGGUACAGAAUCGUGAUGUUCUACAGUAAUUUGAUUGCUAGUUGGUUUCAAUUUUGGUAUCCCUCUGUAGGUCAUUCAUCUCCCACUAACUACUUCUCUCAUAGUGUUAUCACUCUUGGCAGUGGGCUGUGAGACACAUAGGCUGAUUCCGCAUGGGCCAAAAACAGCAGUGUGAAAACGAUGUGAAAAUGGUGUAAAAGGGUUUAAAAUGGUGUAAAAGGGCUUAUACUGUUUUCACACCAUUUUCACAUCGCUGUUUUUGGCCCAUGCGGAAUCAGCCUUAGUUUGUGUCAUUUGGAAUUUUAGGCAAUAAGGGGAGUAAGGAUUUCACAUGAACAGUCCUUAGGAUAGUAUUCCAGACUUUGCAAGUUAUGUGUCCACUUCUUUAAAUUGGUGGCUAAGCCUGAAGAAUGGUUACCUACGUCGUUCCCAGUGUUCAUCAAGGUCACUUAUUUAUGAACAGAUACAAGUUACCUCAUUGUUUAGUUGUAGAGUAUGGAUCUUAGGGUGAGCUGCAAAUUUAAUCUAAUCAUGUGGUGGUAAAGGUGGCUUCAGUACAUGAUAGUCGGCAAACGUCCUUUGUGUAAAAUUGUAAUGUAUCCAGAGAGACAGUGGUCAGUUUAGAAUAAGUGAUGCUCAGGUUGAUUGUCAAGUGGAAGGUGAUGAGACCUUGAAGAAACUUCUUGAGACAUUCUUGGCCAUGGAUCCAGACAACAAAUAUAGGUUAUUGUGGUACCUUGGGUUGCCAUGAGUCAUCUGUAACUUAAUGGAACUUUAUACAGACACAAGGUGUACAAGCGGAGAUAAAUGAUAGCUGUUCAGAAAACAUUGUUCAGGAUCAACCUUGAAUGGGUUGAGAUACCUUGAUGUGUUGUGAUGGGGGUUUCCCAUCUAGCUGGGUGUUGUAUCCCUACUUGGGCUUGAUCAGUUAACUUUGGUCUAUGCUGGCCCCAAGCAGGGAGUGGCAGAGGUACCUGAAGGCCUGGUUUGCUUAGGAAUUAAGCCCUGUGGACACUGACUGAAGCCUCACAUUAUAGAACUAGGAAGUGGCAGGGAACAACAUUCUGUUUUCUAAAGAAUCAGAGAAUCUUUCUAAUGGAGGCCAGGUCACAGAUCUAGACUCCCAGUACUCUUAUAUCUCUGGGACGAGAAAUUUCAGAGAUUCUCCAUUAUUUAUUCUAAUUAUUAUUCCAUGCCUCUACCUUUAUUUCAUCGACAAAAGAUACUGAUUCCAAGAAAAAGAUAAAAGCGUUAUUCCAUAUUUCUUCUGAAAUAAUUAUUAAAACUGUCAUCCCUAUGCAGGAAGUGAUAGGAAACACUGCAGAGGAGGACAAAUCAGUUGUGCUCCCCUACUUGAGAAAUCAGAGCCUUCAAGAGUCAAGGGUCUUCAGAAUAUUGCAGCUCUUUUUCUUGGCAAGCCUUUUCUCAAAGGCUGAAGGCAGGCAUCAUUUUGGCAGUUAGUCCACUGUGAUAACAUGUUUACUGCCAAUCUGACACACGAACAAGCUUUCAUCUGAGAUUCAGCAGGAGCCUGUGCUUCUAGUGUAGAGCGGAGACCACAUAUGCACAACACCAAGAGUCACCUUACGUCAGUCAUGAAGAAGCUUCCAUCCUUUCUUGACCUGGCUGUGCACAGCACUGAUUGGCUAUCCCUUGUGUAAUUCAGGCAGAGGUUCCACCCUCUCCUCUCCUGUCAGAAGCUAUUUCAGAGUUCAGGUAAUUAGGAAAAAAUACACUUUACAAUAAAGCAUUGGAUAAACUUUAGAGCAGGUAUAUGUGUAGGAUACAGGGGGGGGGGGUCCAAAAUAAAGUCAAUAAUGCAUCCAAAGGAUGGGGGUCUUUUAAUCACCAUGUUAUGCAUAUGUUAUUUAAGGAGCUGUGGUUCUUAGUUAAGGAGUUGUUCCUGAGCAGUGUCAGGAAGCUUCAAACAGCCCACCUGGAAGACAAUUGAUGGGCUGUCAAAUGGGAGGAGAUGCUGGCUCAUUUAAAAGGAGUCAGUGAGCAUGUGAAUAGGUGGGUGGAGUGGACAGCAGCAGAUGCUUGGGAGUAGGGUUGCCAGCCUCCAGGUGGUGGCUGGAAAUCUCUUGCUAUUACAACUGAUCUCCAGGUGAGAAAACAGUUCACC